AUGGAAACACACGAAGAGGAGUCUAAUUUAACUGAUUACGCGAGCAGUUUGGACUUUGAUUCAGAUUGCGACAUUGACAUAAAUGAUAGUAGCGAUGAUAUGGAAAGUUUAUAUGAUUCAGAGGACUUUGAAGCAGAUGAACAAACCAGACCAGAUUUAAAAAACGAUUUGAUGUCAUGGUAUUUGAAAAAUGACUGUAUAAGUAAGAACGCAAUGGGAUCCCUGUUAAAAAUUUUAAAACCGCAUCUUAAAAAUCCUCACGAGCUUCCAGUUGAUGCCCGAACAUUUUUAAAAACAUUUGAUAAAGUGGAAAUGAAGAAAGUUUCUGGAGGAGAUACUGUUUAUUUGGGAAUUGAGCGCAUUAUAAACUUUUUCAUAAGAAGCAAAAUUCAAUUGCCGGAGGAAUUAAUAUUCGAUAUUAACAUUGACGGUGUUGAAGUUUUUGUAAAUCCAUACACUAAAAGGACAAUGUGGCCUGUUCUCUGUGUUUUCAGGAAUAUCAAGGGGUUUGAAAAAAUGGUGUUUCCUAUUUCUUUCUACUGUGGAAGUCAAAAACCAACUACAUUGGAUUUUCUGGACACAUUCAUAAAUGAAUACCAAUUAAUGGACCAAAAUUAUUAA